CGUACCUUCCUUAGAUCCCCCCGCCCCCCCCUUACAGAAAAAGAGCCAUAACCCUAUUUCCUGGAAGUACCCACUCGCUACUUGCCUUACUACAUUCAUGCACCCUUUCCUUUCAAAAUCUCCAUCUUUAACUUAAAAAACCCACUUCAAAUUCCCCAUAAUCUUCAUUACCAAUUUUCAUUAGCAAUGAAUGGGUGUUCAUCAUCAACAUCAUCAUCCGAUACAUCCUCAUCGGAGUCAUCAAGGAUCAAAGGUCCAUGGAGUGCUGAAGAAGAUCGGGUUUUAACUCGUCUUGUUGAACGAUACGGUGCUCGGAACUGGUCAUUGAUAAGCCGAUACAUAAAGGGUCGCUCAGGGAAAUCGUGUAGGUUACGGUGGUGUAAUCAGCUCAGUCCUGAUGUUGAACACCGUCCAUUUACAAAAGCGGAGGAUGAGACUAUAUUGGCUGCUCACGGUGUUUAUGGUAAUCGGUGGGCUACUAUUGCUAUGUUAUUGCCGGGGAGGACGGAUAAUGCUGUGAAGAAUCAUUGGAACUCGACGUUGAAGAGGAGAGCAAGGGAGCAAAAAAAGGAACAGAAGGGAUCUGUGGUGGUGGAUGAGGAGGAGGUGUUGACGGCGUUGACUCUUUCGCCGCCGGGGAGUGGUGGGGGGUUGACGGUGGAGGGGAGGAGAGAAGAGGGAGUAACGGCAGAGUUUUGGGAUGCGAUGAAGGGUGUGAUUGCCAGCGAAGUUAGAGAGUAUAUGAGCUCUACAUUAUCAAGUAACACAUCGAAGCUUCAUUGAUGAAAAGAAAGGUGAAUUUGCUUGAUAGGUCCUUAUGUUAUAGGAAUUCGAUCAAAUUAGUCCUUAUACUAUUAAAUGAAUUAAUUUAGUCUUUGUACUUUUAAAAUAAUCAAAUAAUGUUAACUUGAAAUAUAGUUAACCUUUAUUGUUUAACAAAGUUGAUAAUUAUAAAGUUUUUUUCUGAUUUUGUAAAUUAAA